UUCGCUAUGCAUCCCUCUACGGACUUCCGUCUCCCUCUACCUCUCUUCUCUGCCAGGGUUUAAGCCCCAAGGGAGGGCUAGGGCUUCGUGACGAACCCAACCACAUCCACUGCCUCGUCCUCCUCGUCGGCUGCUCGAGAGACAGGACGCGAGCCAUGGAGGACGACGACGACAAGCCCUUCGAUCCCUUCGCCUCCUCCUCCGACGCCGACCUCGACGUGGCCCUCGACAUAGACCUCACCGACUCUUCCCACCGCUCCGGCCAUGCACCGGCGAGGCCCUCCCGCUUCCAGCCCAAGAUCAAGGGUAGGAUAAAGGCCGAUCCCGCCACCGACUCCGGACCCCUCCCUCCUCCUUCUCGUCCUCCAACGGCUCCUAUAAAGAAGCAGGACGACGAUGUCGGCAUGUCCCAAGAAUCGGCAUCGAGCCCCGUUUCUUUUCCCAAUGGCGCAGAGGAGGCGGAGAGCGAACCAAUGGAGGUCGACGAUGGGGAGGACACAGUGGUCCGGGAGAUUGAUGUCUUCUUUACUCCUGCCCCUGUCGAUGAGGACACCUGUGUAAGGGUCUUCCUGCUAAAUCUUUAUGUGAUGCAAUAUCCACUUAGACCUUCUUGGCGGCCGUAUGAAUUGAAUGAAAGAUGUGAAGAGGUCAGAGUGAAGCCUAAGCAAUCGAAAAUUGAAGUUGAUUUGAGUCUGGAUGUUGACAGUGAAAAUUAUGACCGGGAUGUUGAUGAGCCGCUGCGGAUAGAAAAGCAGAUUUUGUCAUCAUCAAAGGCUUCUUUUGCAACUAGCUAUGCUGUCGGGCUUCUGAGAGGCAACCAGUUGCACUUGAAUCCUGUUCAUGCAGUCGUGCAGCUUCGGCCAUCAAUGGAUCACAUAGAUGCUGGGCUUCAGAGAAGGAAACAUAGUGCAAAAGGAGUACAAGAUAGUGCGAAGUCUACUGACGAAAUUUCUGAACCUCCAAAGCCAUCUAUUAGGCAGCAGGGAAAGAAGGUUUCAGAGGAUUCAAAUGAAAACAUCGAUCAUGAGCCAUGGAUUUCGCUGGAAUACCAUCCAAUUGAUGGUCCCUUUGCAGAGAGAUACCACCAGAAAAUGGCGGCAGAAGAAAAGAAUAUUGUACAAUUUACAAUGAAACCGUCUGAUUAUGUCAACACACUGUGCCCUGGAACAUCAGCUGACAAGAAGAGAACUAGAGGGCCCCCAAGAAGGGUCUUGCUCUCAAUGCCAUUGGAAGAACGACUAAAUAAGUGGUUAACUGAGUGUUCUCAAGUGAACCAUUUUGAUGCUCUCAUGUAUCUUGCUCCUACGAACUCAGAAAAAGAUGUUUUGAAGCUGCUUCAGCUACAUGCAUAUUUGGUACAAGGAUUAUGGGUUACCAAGAGCUCUUUGCUUUAUGAAGGUUUUAAUGCUUUAGCUAGAGACCACAUCCUCUUUCUAUUCAGUAAGAACCCUGUGAUUCACUCUGACAAGCUGAAGACGUUAAGAUCUGCUCCUUUGAAGCAUAUACUGAGCACAUUAGCUGUUGAACGGUCUGUCUUUAGUGACUGGAAAUUUAAAGAGCCCACCGAUAUUUCAUUCCUGAAGCGCUAUCCAGAUAUUGUGAAGGAACAAGAAUGUGCUUGGUCAAGUCGCGAGGAGCAAUUCAUGGAUAAUUUACGUCGAUUUGGUAGAAACAUUCAUAUGAUGACCAAAAAUUCAUUGAGUCCCAAUAUUAUGAAAAACACUGGUGCCGCAGGUAGAGUUGAUCCUGAUGCAAACAGAAGUAAAGAAGGGACAAUGAGCUCAGCAGGAACAACAAUGUCCAGUGAAACUCGAGAAAAUCUUCCUCGGGCACUCUUGAAAAUUUUUCAAGAGAAAAGGGUCCGUAGCAUAAAUUCGAUUGUCAGUGGAUUAAGGGACCUGGCAAUUUCCAGUUCUUCUCGUCCAAGAGAUGAUCCUAAAACUAAAGCACUUGUUAAUGCUGCUAAAAGUGGUGCUGAUGCUCCUUUACCUGAGCUUCAAUCUGUUAUAAGUCAAGUUGCUGUGAAUAUUCAUGGUUUAUAUGUUUUAAAGUCCAUGGGGAAUCCGGCACUAGAUCCAUUGAGAAAUGUUGUGAUUGACCUUUUUCGGGGCAAGGAACCUAAUGCAAAAUUAAAGAAACAGGAAAUUUGCAAAGCAGCAGAGUUUCGUCUCAAAAGGAAUAUUACUGAUUCUGAAUAUAAUCAGGUUGUAAAUGAGCUAUGUGUAUCUAGCAAGGGAGCAUGGGUGCUGAGAAGUGAUGAUUAAACCAAGUUGAUGUGUACAGUAUUUAACUGACCGCCAUAUAGUUUUCUCUUUCUGUUUCACGCUUCUUUAACAGCCUGGGAGAUUGGUAUUACCCGCAACAGUCAAAAUGUUUCUGGCUGAUUCAUUAGUUCCUCUGCUUCUCUCUUGUUUUAGACUUGUAGGUAAUCUCUUGAUUGUAUAAUUUCUUGCUAGUUUCCAGAUUUUCAAUUCACUGGAAACACAAUAUAGUAGAGAGCAAGGACUGACCUUGCAAUUGAUUUCAAGAUUCCGUCAUCUGUGAAAGAUAGUUAUUUUUUCAUAAUAUUCAAUAUUAAUUAUAGGGAUGCAUCGAUUGGAUGGAUACAGGUAAAAUAGUUACACAGAAAUAUAAAUUAGUAAUAGUAAGACCAAUUUAAUUGGCAAAGGGCUUUGGCAACAGCUAUAUAUUUUGGACUGAUUAUUAUUUUGGGAAUUAUUUAUUUAUUCA